UAAUUAGAGUGAGUGGUUCUGUAUCGAUCUGUAUGAAAAUUGUAUGUAUUUAAAGCGAAUGUAAAGUGUUGUGUGUGAUGCUAUGGUGUAGAAGCCGACAUAUUGGAAAAUCUUCCGGAAAAUUCAAGGACGUCAAUCCGUCUCCCAACAAGCCCAAUAAAUUAAUAAAUAAGUAAAUAGAUAAAUUUAAAAGUCUGACCAUGAACUGGUGUAUCGUCCUGGUGUCCGUCUUCGGGGGCAUCCUGCUGAUGUAUGUCCUCCUGGAGUUGCACUACUUCUUGAGGAUGUUCCUGUGCGUCGUCUACGCCAGAUACUGCAGGAAGAAGUGUCAUAUAUUAGAUACGACGACAGUCACAGGUAUUUGUUUGACCACUGACAUAGACACUCUUUUGUACCACAUGAAUAAUGCAAGGUACCUCAGGGAAAUUGAUUUUGCAAGAGUGGACUUUUACGAAAGAACUGGAUUAUAUCGUUCCAUAAUCCAGAAUGGAGGAGCUGUGGUCCAAGGAGCAAGUACUAUACGUUAUAGGAGAUUCAUCAGGCCUUUCUCUAAAUACAGGAUUACAUCUAAGAUUGUCUACUGGGACGACAAAAGCAUUUUCAUGGAACACCGUUUCAUCAGUUGUUCUGAUCAGUUUAUUUUGGCAAUUGCCAUUUGCAGACAAAGGCUGAUAUCUUGUGAUGCUCGUGAUGCCAUAGGACGACUUUUGGAGAAUCCUUUGGCACCGGCUCCAAAAAUACCCAAUUAUAAGCCGGCGAUGCCAUUGGAGGUUGCAAAAUGGAUAGAAUCGAACGAGAUUUCCAGCGCCAUCUUACGAAGUGGUUGCUGACAGUACGCUCCUCCAGGAUCGGAGGCUGUUGAAGCAGAUGGAGCUGCUGUUGGUCCGAGCACGCCACUGGUCAACCACCGAAAGUAAAGGGAUGAAGUAUGGAAGAUCUUCGAGGAAAAGAAUUAAGUAUAAUAAUUUUAUUUUUAGUUUAAGACUCUGGUCUACGAUUUAGUUUAUUGAUUAAGUCCAGUGUGGAAAAGUGUAUGGAAUUUGUAUCAUUUAUUUGAGGCAGGUUUGUGGUAUGAGAUGACAAUUAGGGUAUAUCUGUUUCCUUUCUUGUUUAUAGAUCACUUCAAAAUUCAUUAUCAAAAUUUUUUCUUGUCCAUUUAGACCUUCAUCUUUUUUCACCAAUUUAAUUGGCCUUUAAACAGGACAGUUUCUUUACAGUUUUCACUUUAGACAAAAAAGUUUUUUUCCAGUAUUUUUUUAGACAGUAGAGUUUCUUCCCAGUUUUCUUUAGACAGUAGAGUCUUUCUCCAGUUUCCUUCGGACAGCAGCCUUUCAAGUUUUCAUUAGACAUUAAAGUUGGAAACAUUUUGCAGUACUUCUUCAAUUUGCUGCCAUCUCACAUUUAAGUUCAAGAAUUUCUAGUCCUUUCUUUUCUCUUUUGAUGACGUCACAGAAAACAUUUUUCUCCAAAUAUGGAUUCAAUCCAAAUUUUUUAAUC